GGGUCAACCAAUCUAGAUUUUGCUAGGUUUAUAUGUUCAGCUAGUCUGACCGCCUCUAUUCUGCUAAUUUGACCUAUGUAUUCGACGUGAUAAUCAUCGGAGGCAGGGUAUUAGAUAAACUGAAUUGUUUUGUUUUAAAGGCUCCACAGGAUUGAUCCGACAAGGCUUGUUUCUAAUUGAGUUUAUGGUUGGUUUGAAUGCCAGCCACUUUUAUUCCUGCCUUGUUAAGAAUUCUGCGUAAGCCUUCAGAGGUUCCUUCUUUGUAUGGAUUUACUGUUGGUGAUUUAGAUUCCUUAUUGUUGGUGUCGUUAUUAUAUUAUUAUUAUUAUUAUCUCUACUACUGUUAUCAUUAUUAUUAUUGUUAUUAUUAUUAUCACUAUCGCUACUAUCAUUAUUUAUUUGAUUUUUCUUACAUAUUUUCUGACUAAUUUAUCCGGAUAAUUAUUAAGUUUCAAGGCUUCUUUUAUGUGUAUUAUUUCUUACAGAUCAUUUCUUGGAUAAGGAGAUAAUACAGGCAUUGCUAUGGGAUGGGCGCGAUGUCCUCCAACUGAAAUGGACUACUUUGCCAACUACAAUAAGGAGUUAGGGAGCCAAAUCUUCAGAACAAUUAAGUGGUCUAAAAUCAGUUGAGAAAUCACAGUCAAUCGAAUAAUAUUUGACUAAAUUUCUUCCAUGUAAUCAGUCCACUGAAAUUGUGAGUGCUCGUGUCCAAGGUUGCGUACUGAUAUAGCUGGUAUCUAUUUUUUGGAGACUUACCAAUCGCCUAGUGACGCGAUUGUCCCACUUACAAGUAAUUUUCCUAUCCAUGCUUUCAUUAACAGUUCCACCUUACCUUGUUAUUUAGUCAUUCAUUUGUGCCUAAUUUAUCAGUCAGUCCUUUAGCCUCUAGUUAUUCCUCUAUUUUUUUCAUUUUUCCAAAUUUGGUAUCUGCUCACUCGUUCCAUUCUUCAUUUUUACCUGUUGCUACUGCUCACCUUAUACCCCUUUUCUCUUCCUCAAUCAAGUGGAAAGACUAUCUAGUGAACCAGGGCCGUCUGAUUAAAAUAUCCUCAAGGACCAAAAACCUCUCACUUAGGGUGUUUCACAACCACCCGAGACCUCACUAAACGCAAGGCUUACUAGGGGUACCAAAAGACUAGCGCUUACAGUUAGUACUCGGAAAUUCAUCAGCUAUUUCAUGUCAGAGAUACCAGUUAGUUUGCUCACUGUCAUGGCUGUCAACAUAUAUGCUGAUCAUUGGCAGAUCGUAAGCUCAAUAAACACUGGCGAUAACUUCUUGUAUGUAUAGAUUGACUGAAGGAAAUAGAAAGAUCUCCUCACCUAGGCAUCAGAUUUAUCACUAAAGAUGGAACAAGCAGUUACCUGUACGCUGGAAACUCCUGAAAACAGAUGUCCUAGUGAUUUUAUGGUUCUGCAUUGAACACCUUAUUGUGUCAAGUAACACUUAAUUUGGUGACAGAUUUUCUUAGAGAAAAUUAUUCGUCUCCCAUUCUUAUCCCUGAAUUGAGAUACCAACAUUGAGUGUGACCAUUUUUUACUGUUUCGGCGAGAAUUUGACUGAAAAUUGGUUGUCAAAGUACACCUCACUCACUGUAAGUUAUAAAACCUCAUUAUUAUAUCUGAUAUAUUUGACUAAGAGUAUUGCAACGCAAGCAAACAACCAGCCAGAUGGGCUUCAGUAAUCAAUGCCCGUGUGCGCUAAUUCUGAGAAAGCGGGACCAACUCAGAGCUUUAACUGGAGAUUUAACGCCUUUUCUCUUUAAUUGAUGAUAACUCCCAUAUUUCUUCAAACUGUCCAUAACCCAAUACCAAAAUUACCAUAAUCAUUCUGAUUUAUGAUUGACGAUGGAAGGCUUUUCUAGUAGAUAUCUGUGACUGCUUAAUCUCUUCUUGAACGCGUCAACUGAGGGCACAGAUACCACCUAUUCUAGUACUCGGUUUCUAGAUUUUAUGAAUCGAUGAAAGAAAUGGUACCCACAGGAAUAUAGUUCCUCCUCGUUUCCUGUACCCUGCUCCUAUUUCUCUUGGAAUGCACAUAUUGCGUGAGGAGGAAAAGAAAAGACAGAUCGGGUUCACAGUCAUUUUUCAGAUAUACUGACACUUUAGUGCUACCUCUUGUCUGCCUAUGGUAUGAUAGAGAGAAGCGAUUCGAACUGUUGUGUUUUUCUAGUAUGAUAAAAUGGUCAAACCAAAAUUUGUACGCCUGGAAUUCUUUUGGUGCCCUUCUGUUAUCUGUGAGGCUGUCUUGAGACAAGGACUGGCUACCUGGAGGCAGGUUUCGAGUUUCGAUUUCACCAGAAAUUCAUAUGAAUUUUUGAACACUUGGCAGGUGAUUCUAGUUAAGUUACUGUGUUUCCUUAUAAGGAUCUAAAACUUCUGACUACCACUGCCCAGCAAUCAGCAGAAGUUUUUGUUAUGUACUCGUCGCCAAAUUAUUGCUAUGUACUGGUCGAGAAUUUAAUAGUCCUGACACAAGAAGGCGGAAAUCAGAAGACCACUAGGUUUGCGAUGACACUUCUAUUUUCCAAACACAAGGAGAAGCAAUAAGUGGUAUCACACCAAAGUAAGUAGAGUAAGUCAAAUUGUGAGAGCGAAAUAUAUAUGACCAUUCAGACAAGUGUGUGAACAAAUCACUAGACAGUCUUAACAUGAAUGGCUAAUUAUAAUGGAGUGUCGAUCCAAAUACACAUAGCAAAAUAUAGCAGACAUGUCAACAACCACCAUAUAUGGAUAUAUGUCAUCAAGCAACGGACUGUCAACAAACACUCAUAUUAUAUAUAAUAUAAGGGGAAUAUACAUUGUUAAAGGAGACAGGUUCAUCAAAGUGAAAUGGUCACAGACUAAGCGAGCAAACAGAAAGAGAGAUCACCAUAUAUAUAUAUAUAUAUAUAUAUAUAUAUAUGGACACAUAUCAGUUUUAUUGUCAUGGCUUGACAUAAAACACGUUAACCCAUGUGUGUGUGUGUGUGUGUCAACUGUUGGCAGUUGUAUUCCCUCCAUACAAAAAUUAUAUACUACUGAUUGGUUGAUAUAAGUAGUUGUACACCAUUCACAUCAACCAGUACAGUUUGUUAGACUAAUGAAUGAAUCACCAUACAAUCAGAUGAAUAUUUCAUUGAAGUACUUGUACUCUUCGAUUUAAUAUAGUAACCAUAAACAUCAGAUGAGAUCAAAGUCCAUUUCAGUGUUAGCAUAAAAUCUACAGAGAUUGAGGUAACAAAGAUAUUGACAAGAACAGAGAAAUCAUGAUUUUUAAUUUUAUGUUGUUCUUGAUUGCAUUGCUGAUCAAUAACUCAUUUUAUACAACAGCGAUAGUCCCGAAGCCGUCAAGUUACAUAAAACCUUCGACAGUCUGUUAUUUAAAUCGUCCACUUGACAUUAAAAAUAACUAUUCCUCAUGCGAUAUAUUGUCAGAAGCUGUGACGAGAUUUGAAAAGCGUCUGGAAUUAAAACAUCUGCCAAUUUCUGAAAAAGUUGUAGUCACAUGCAAUAUAGACAACUUGAAUAUCAAAAUUGGAAGUGGAUGUGACGAAGGGCUAGGUCAGCUAUGGCCCAAUGCAUCAAUUGAUGAAUCAUAUCAAGUGUGGAUAGAAGAAUCUCAAAUUAGCAUAGAGUCCUUCGAGGUUUGGGGUGCGUUACACGCCCUCGAGACCAUACUUCAAUUGGUGUACCAGGGUGAAUAUUCAGGGAAUGUUAUAAUUACAGGAUCUUUGAUGGACGAACCACAAUUCGGACACCGUGGAAUGUUGAUAGAUACUGCAAGGUACUUCUUGCCACUUAAUGUCCUGGAGAAAUUAUUAGAUAGCAUGGCCAUGGUGAAGAUGAAUGUGUUUCAUUGGCAUAUUACAGAUGAUCAAUCAUUUCCCUUUGUCUCAACCACUUGUCCAAAACUGACAGAGAAGGGUGCAUAUCAUCAGCUGAAGUGCAUAUAUAGUGACGGAGAUGUGAAAAAUCUGUUGGACUAUGCCUGUCGACGUGGGAUUCGUGUCAUUCCAGAGUUUGAUACUCCAGCGCAUACAUUAUCAUGGGGGAAAGGAUAUCCAGAGUUACUAACAAAAUGUUACAACGGCGCUCAACCAAAUGGAAAGUUGGGUCCAUUGAAUCCAGUCAAUCCAUCGUUGUAUGGGUUUCUGAAGAAAUUCUUUGAAGAAAUAGUCCGCAGAUUUCAUGACAAUUAUAUUCAUCUUGGCGGGAAUGAGGUUGACUAUGAGUGUUGGAGUUCGAAUCCAGAAAUAACUAAAUUCAUGAAAGACGAGAAAUUCGAUUGGGAAAAACACGUCUACAAUGCCACUCUAGAUGGAUAUAAGGUUAUAGUUUCUGGUACAUGGAAUCUUAAUGACAUACGAUGUGAUCUUGAUUGGAUGAGAUAUUACUCACAGAAUAUCAAAGAGUUUGGAGACACUUUACACUUAAUUCUGGACUUAAACAAUAAAAGAACUGUGUAA